CUUCCACCGUAACAAUAGCUUUUGCCUUUUAUCUUGACUCGUUCCCAUACGUGGUUUCCUGCUUGGCAACCUCUCAGACAAUCCAAACCAGUGUAUGAACCCUGUGCAAAGUCCUUUCACGAAAUUGGCAGGCUCGCACAGGAAUUCGACGACCCCUUUUGAUAUUGAAAUCUCCUUGUUCCGGCUUUUUUAUAUAAAGGGCAUUUUUUUGCAGCUACGAUCUGGUCUCACACCGUCUCCUUUUCAUGUUCGUGCCCUUCAUAUCCCGAAGAGACACUCGUUCAUCCGGAAGGUUUGACAAACGGAAAGGAGGAGGAGGAGGCGGUCGAGGUAAAUCAUCCAGUGGGAAAAAGUCUAGUAGUGGAAAGAAAAGUGGGGGUACCAAGAGCCCGUUCACAAAGACGAGCAGCACCAAUGCAGGAGGCCGGAGUCGACCAAUGUCUUCGUACGGUUCCGGUGGUGGAGCUCCUAGUGUCAUCCCAGCAGGCCAAUUCUUUGCUGGCCGUGCAGUAGGUGGAGGAUCUCGGAGUCAAAUAUUCGGUACAAGAACGUACGGAAGCGGCUAUCCAGGUAUAGCUGGACGCGGGGUCGCUGGACGGGGAUUUCCUUUCUUUUUUUGGCCCGUAAUAUGGGGAGGUGCGGUUGGUUCCGCUAUCGGAGGAACCCAUUCCUACCUCUACACCGACGAGUACGGUUCUCCGAGCAACACCUCACGACCCGGAGGCGCCCUCUAUACUACUUCUUUCCAGUCAACUUCCUCGACACAGACUGUCCUUCGUAUUGUCGCAGACAACACUACCAUUAUCGACCUCGUUACGGAUAUCAACCGAAACUGCUCGACGUUUAUCACGCCACCAAACUCAAACGCCGCACCGUUCAAUACGUCCGCCCCUGCACCUAAGCCAGAGCAGGUCAUACAAUACUACCGCUCUAGCAGUGUGGCUCUGACUUUGGAUGGCUACAACAACACGGCUGCAUUUGCAGCAGAGGGCACUAGGGACGUGGACUUACCCUCUACAGUCGAUAGCGGUAUGAUCAACUGCGUCAAUCAAACGAUUGGUGUGAGUGUCCCGCUGAUCGACGGGAGUGUAGGAAGAUUCGGUGCGAUACCUAGUUUUCAGGUUUUCGGAAUAGUAUCGUUGGUGUGGUUGCUGGCGGGCAUGUUCUAGGACUCGUCCGACUUCGCUUUCACUCUGGACUUUACGAAACACAUAAGUAGCUGUAUUAUUGAUCUAAUUGUAACUUUCAAUCCUUAUAAGUAGUUAUACCCACGGCGUGGCAUAUUCUUGUCAAUUAUUAUCAUCAUUGAGUCGUUCGGAC